CACAAUUAUAUCCAAAUUCAACUUUUCUUUUCCUUUUUUUAGAAAAUAAAUAAAUAAAGAUCCUUCCUUUUAUAUAUUUCCUGAAAAAUCUCUUUAUUUCUCUCUCCCUCUCUCUCUACAUAAUUCUCAAAUCUCCUCCAAAUUAGCAGCAAACCAGGUUCCUCUCUCUCACUCCUAUCUCUUUGUAAAUAUAAUAUCUAUAGGUUUUUUUUUAUAAUAAUUUAGAUUUGAUUUCUGGAUAAUAUAUAUAAUUAUUUCUGUUUGUUUGUUGUAAAUAUUGUUGGGGUUUGUGGAUUUCCUAAAAGUUGAAGAAUUUGAGCUACACAUAAUCUGGUUUGGGGUUUUUUAGAUUAAUUAGGUUAAUGGGUUUUGUGGGUGUUUGAUUUUAUUUACUAUAAUUUAGAGCUUUGAUUUGUUGAGCUUCAUAAAUUUGGUUGAACUUGAUAAAUUGUUUAGGUUUAUCGGUCAAUAAUCAAAAUCAGCCUGGUGAAAUUGAGCUUAUUUUGGUGAAUAACUAUUACCUAGAUUGGUUUAAUAAGGGAAAGAGAGAAGAGGGGAAUUAGUGAUUAGUAAAUUCGAUUAAUUAAGUAAUUGAUUGGUGAUGAUGGUUGAGGCAAUUGCAACUACAUCUCUUGUAGGCUACCGGCCGCUAUACGGUGGCCGAGGUCCGGGGGAUGCUAGUUACAGGAAAAAAUCUACGGGGAGUUGCCGGUUCCCGGUGGCAAGGUUAAUAGGGGGAAAGAUGGCUCUGAAUCAAUGUUUACACAAGAAGAGAGUUGAGAGGGUAGUUAUGAGAUCAAGGGGUUCUAUUGUAGCUCUUGCAGUGGAAUUGACACAAGAGGCUUACGCCUUUAAAGAAGAGGAACAAAUACCACGAACUUGGAACUAUAACAUUGAUUCUGACACUGAUUCAAUACCGGGCGUUUGGCCUCCAAAUAACAAGGCUGAUAAUCCAUCUUUGCAUAACCCUUUGCUUCGGCUUGAAAGGAUGGGUUGUGGUUGGCUAGGUGCUAUAUUUGAGUGGGAAGGUGUUAUAAUUGAUGAUAAUCCUGAUCUUGAGAAGCAAGCUUGGUUAACUCUUUCUCAAGAAGAAGGAAAGACACCUCCACCGACUUUCCUACUUAAAAGGGUAGAAGGGAUGAAAAACGAACAAGCGAUUUCUGAAGUCCUGUGCUGGUCUAGAGAUCCAGGUGAGCUUCGAAGGUUGGGUUUGAGGAAAGAGGAGAUAUAUCAGAGAUUACAAGGUGGUAUUUAUAGUUUGAGAUCAGGGUCUAGGGAAUUUGUGGAUAUACUCAUGACAUAUAAAAUUCCCAUGGCACUUGUUUCUACUCGCCCUAGAAAAACUUUGGAGGCUGCAAUUGGGGAUAUUGGGAUUGAAGGGGUGUUCAGUGUGAUUGUUGCUGCUGAGGAUGUUCACAGGGGUAAGCCUGAUCCCGAGAUGUUCAUAUACGCGGCACAACUUCUGAAAUUUAUACCGGAGAGGUGCAUUGUGUUUGGGAACUCGAACCAGACUGUGGAAGCAGCACAUGAUGCCCGGAUGAAGUGUGUGGCUGUUGCUAGCAAGCAUCCCGUCUAUGAGCUUGGUGCUGCAGAUAUGGUUGUCAGGCAUUUAGACGAGCUUUCAGUUGUGGAUCUAAAGAAUCUUGCUGCUGUAGAAUCGCCUGAAUUUCAAGAACCGGAGUUGGAGAUGGAGGAAGAAAUCGAGGAAGACAGGUCGUCCAGGCCAACAGGAGUGGAUGAUAUCUUCUGGUAACACACUCAAAAAAAUUGUACAGUAUGUUAUUAUCUAUAUUUUGUUGGUAAUGAUAUUGGUUUCUUUUCCUUUUGUGUAUAUUAUUAGGACCAAAAAUAGAAACUAGAGGUGGUCUACAUUGGACAACCUUUUGUUACUCUUUUAUGUAUGUGGAUUAUGUUCAAUAUACAAGUUUAUUACUUUAA